AUGGCGCAGCUUGCCUUUGGAACCCCUGCAGAGCAAAAGAAAGUGCCAACAGGUUGCAGCAGCAUCGACAAGGCGCUAGCUGGAGGCCUCGAUUAUGGUAGCGUGGCAUGCAUCAGUGGCGAGACCUCCGCCGGAGCCCGCGAGCUCGCCCAAGCACUCAUGGUCUCGCAUCUUCUUGCCUCCCCAACCGCUACAGUAACAUACAUCGACGCCGCAUUCGCCCAUGAUGUCCGCAAGUUGCACACGGCUCUCGUGCAAGCUGUGAGCCUUCGCGGCGAUCCACCCGAAAAUGCGUUAAAGGCGCUCGAUCGUGUCCAGAUCAUGAAAGUCUUCAAUUUCGAAGGUCUGACCGAGAGUCUGGCGGAAGUUCGCGAGAUGCUGGAGGGCAAGGUCCCCGGCCCAUCGAAGCCUGGGCCUCCAAAUCCUCAAGGACAAGCGGCCAUACCACCUCAAAGCACAAUCAACGACAGCCAAGCCGAAAGCGAAGAAGACGAAAUGCUCGAUGAUGCCCCCUCGGGACUGCCCCAUCAUGCACCACUCCAAACAUCACCCCCGUCACCACCAGUACAGCCGAGUCACCUCCUCAUCAUCGACACCCUAACGCACCUCACCGCCCCCCAGCUCAAAAACAACUACGUUCAAGCCCAAGCCUUACUCCACGCCUUCAUCCGCUCCCUCAAACACCUCACCACCCGCCACAGAAUUUGCACCCUCGUGCUGAACGACGUGCUGGCGAAUGCGAAGAGCGGGAGAGAUGAGUCGUCCAGUGCGUUUGCUUCGUGUGUGGCGCAACCGGCGCUGGGAAAGGGGUUUGCGUUCAUGUUGGAUGUGCAUUUGCUUGUGCAUCGCGUUGGCAAGGGCGCAAUAGCGGUGAAGCAGAAGGGUGGGGAAAAGGAUGAGGUGGCGGUUGUGGAGGUGUUGCAUGAUAGAUAUGGAACGCGGGUGGGGAAGUGGGCGGGGUUUACGGUGGAUGAUGGGGGGUUGUUGAUGGCUGUCACUUGA